AUGUUGGAUGUGACGACAUGGACUAACCUUUACAACAGACAUCUGCACAACUCUCCACCUGAGGACUGUCACCCCUUUACUCUGACCUGUGACCUGUCCCUCUUUCUAGCCCUGUUUCCAUCAUCCCUCUCUCCUCUGAUACCUUCCUCCUUUAUUUUUCCAUUUCUUCUCCCACACUUACACCUCUCUCUUGCCCUUGUCUUUCUCACUUAUUUUCCACCAGUUAUCUCUCCUCGUCUCUCUGUUUUUCUCUCUGCAUAUCUGGGGUUUUCUGUCCCCUCCUUUGCUGCCAAGCUGGAUUUCCUGCAGGUGAAACAUCUGAAGAGGAAGAGGAAGAGCAACUACAGUGUGAGAGAAACGCAGACUCUCAUCAGGGAGAUCCACAAGAGGAGGGAUGUGUUGUUCUCCAGACAGCAGAACACAGCCAUUAAUGAGCUGAAGAGACAGGCAUGGGAGGAAGUAGCACGAUGUGUCAAUUCAUUGGGGGAGGGCGAGCUACGAACUGCUGCUGAGGUGAAGCGACGUUACCUGGACUGGCGUGCACUGAUGAAGAGAAAGCAGCUUCAGGCUGAGCUCUCUCUCUCCUCCUCCUCCUCCUCGUCUUUAGCCCUGAAGACGGAAUACGAUCAGUCCUCCCCUGAGCAUGAGGCAGCUUCUCUGGGAUCUGGGUGCGACCAGCUGCUCGACCUCUCAGGCCUCUCGAAGGACUGUCACUGUGACUGGCCGGAGCUGGCGGCUCUUGGCGAGCCAAGUGGUCAAACUAUGAUGGCACCGCCAGACAUGAAGAUAGAGGACGACGUCAGUGAAUACAGACUGGAUGGUGAUGGUGAUGUGGGAGACGGAGAAGGGGAAUUAGAUGAAGAUGAUAUUCCCUCCCUCCUCAGUGACAUUGAGUCACGUGGCGAGGGGCAUGUUGCUGAUGUUUACUCCCACAAUGAUUUGGGCCAGCUCAGCUCCUCCAAGGCCCCGACCUCCACCACCAACAGAGACCUGAUGGGAAUGCCGCCUCACGCUCUGGGUGGACUCACCAAUCAUGAAAACAUGGGUGCAGGGUUUCUGGUUGCCGUCGAGAAACAGCGACUGGAGCUGGAAAAACAACGCCUGGCCGUGGAAAGUGAACGCCUGGCGGUGGAGAAAGAGCGACUUGUGGUGGAGAAGGAGCGACUUCGUCAGAUGGAGGUAGAGAGGGAACGACUGCAGCUGGAGAGAGAGAGGUUGCAGGUAGAGAGGGAGAGGCUUAGGCUUUUGCUCCUCAGCCAAAUCAGAGCAAGCCCGCCUUCAUCCUCAACGCCUUCUUUAUCCUGCACUCAUGAUGGACAGAGGGAGAGAGAGAAGGAAAGUAAAGGGUGGAUGUCAGUGGUGGAUCUAGAGACGGAAAGGCUAAAACUGGAGAAGGAGAGACUGCAGCUAGAGAAAGAGAGACUUCAGUUCUUUAAGUUUGAGGCUGGCAGACUGCAGAUUGAGAGAGAACGCCUCCAGGUGGAGAAAGAGAGAAUGCAGCUUCACAAAGAUCAUCAGAGCCACUGAGAAAAAGAUUGAUGACAGAGAAAGCGGGAGGGUGAUAAUGAUGAAUAAAUUAGGUUUUCACCAGCCUCAUGGGUGUUUUCCAAUACUGAAAAGAAUGCAGCAUUUGCAGCAGCAGCACACAUAUCCUUUAAGAAAGUGUGAGCCACAUCAUAAUAAAUACUGAUUAAAAUUUGGCCAAGGAGAAGAUUGAGACUAAGGGCUGACAUAUUUAUGACCAUCAUGAUAAAGCAGUGCCUUAUAUUGUCUCCAUAAAAUGGGUAACAGCACAAAAAAGAUGCCAUGAUGAUGAAUAUCUAGGAUUUAUUUGGCACACACAGCUGGUUAUUAGCUGAACAUAAAAGUUUGAGCAGAUGUUCAGUGCCUCAUCCAAAUACAUUAAUGCACAAAAUGUGCAGUAUUGAAAAUUAAAUGCUGGAAUAUCAAUGCAACACGUCCUGCCUGUGUAGAAAUGUUUUAUAAUGGUAUAUUUGAAGAUCAUGAUGUUUUACUCUGCAUUUAUGCAUCGAAUCUGAGCCAAUUAAUCUACUGCAUGGGUGCUUGCCUACAGAACUUUUUGUUCCAGCAUUGAAAAGACAAAAACACAUAGCUGUUAUAACUUGUACAAAGAGAUUUUUUAUGCUGUUUAUGUUUUGCUGUCAAGUGCUUGUGUUAAAAUAUCAUUUACAUGGAAACAGUUGUGACUUUGUACAUUUGUCCACAAUUUUUCACAGCAGAAAUUUUGCCUUGCCAUAGCAGGAAAUCAACACGUAUUAUAUAAGUGACAUUAACAAUGGAUCUCUUCUAUGUAAGCAUUCCAGCAAGCCAUGAGAGUGUGACAGUGAGCCAGUAAGCACAAUACCAGGACCAUGACACUGAAGGCAGCUAAUGAUAUUGUUAUUUACACCUGUGCUUUUCCAACUGUGACAUGAGUGAAAAUGUCUACUGUGAAAAAGGCCUUUCAAGGUUUGUUGCUUAUGCCAUUAUGAUUUAAAAAACAGCCUGGAGAUCUGUGGUGAGCAGCCACUGGAUGUUUGGUUUGCAUGAUGGAAAAAUUAAAGUGAAAUAUUCCUUUAUGGCUAUGUUUUCCUCAGCUUAUUGUGCUGUAAUGUACUAUACAUUCUUACUGGCUACUGGAAACUAUUCUGCUGCAAUGUACUGAAGGUUAUGUUGUUCAAUAGAAUUUAACACAACUCCUCUAUCAUUUAGUUGUGUUGUAACAAACAAUUAUUAUAAUUUUAAAUGCAGUCCUAUUUUGUUUUCUUCUAUUAUAAUUCUGCCUCUGAUAUGCAUGUGUAUGUAUUAACACAUCUUUUUAAAAUAUAAUUUCUUACAGUCCCUGUGGCUCUAUGUUACUAAGUUUGUAAGUAAUCUUUGGUGAGGAAAAACAUGUGACUUUCAGACAAAUUUUGUUCUGAUCAGAGUUGAAUAAAAUGCGUUACACACUUAAAUA